GGCAACGGGGGCGGGUGGUGGGUCUGGAGAACCGGUGGGCGUCACUACCACCCUCAUCAUCACUUCUGCGGGGAACUUCCUCAUCGCCAGCGCUUCGGAGCGCGCGAGCUCCAUCGUCCUCUCUUCUUGUGCGCGGAGCGGAGGAGCUUCGGAAACGACGGUGGUCUCCGGCGGGCAUCCUUGGAAGGAAAAAAAAAAAAAAAAAAAGAAAAGGGGGGGAAAAAAGCUUGAUGGACACGUGCAGCAGAGGCUCGUCUCGGCUGGAGGGGGCUCUCAGCUGAUCGAGGCACCAGGACUGCCUACCUCCUAUAAAAGUUUGCGCUGCGCAGCGUUGCGUUGCGUUGCGGCGCGGCGGUGGAGCCUCUGCUCGCCUCGCCUCGCCUCGCCUCUCCUCUCCUCUCCUCUCCUCACCUCCCGCGGCGGACCUGGAGCUAGACCUGGAGCUGCACUUGGAGCUGGAUCUCGGAGCCAUGGGCACCCUGCGGGAUCUCCAGUACGCGCUGCAGGAGAAGAUCGAGGAGCUGCGGCAGCGCGACGCGCUCAUAGACGAGCUGGAGCUCGAGCUCGACCAGAAGGACGAGCUCAUCCAGAAGCUCCAGAACGAGCUGGACAAGUACCGCUCCGUGAUCCGGCCCGCCACGCAGCAGGUCCACAACAAGCAGAGCGUCCUGCAGGAGCAGCAGCGCACCAAGAGGCAGGCGAUCUCGGCGGAACCCACCGCCUUCGACAUCCAGGACCUGAGCCACGUGACGCUGCCCUUCUACCCCAAGAGCCCGCAGUCUAAGGACUUGAUCAAGGAAGCUAUUCUGGACAAUGACUUCAUGAAGAACCUGGAGAUGUCUCAAAUCCAAGAAAUAGUGGACUGCAUGUAUCCAGUUGAAUAUGACAAAGAAAGCUGCAUUAUCAAGGAAGGCGAUGUGGGCUCGCUGGUGUACGUUAUGGAAGAUGGAAAGGUGGAGGUGACGAAGGAGGGCAUGAAGCUGUGUACGAUGGGCCCAGGGAAGGUGUUUGGAGAACUGGCCAUUCUCUACAACUGCACCAGAACGGCCACCGUCAAGACCCUCACCAACGUGAAGCUCUGGGCAAUCGACCGGCAAUGUUUCCAGACCAUCAUGAUGAGGACUGGCUUGAUCAAGCACACCGAGUACAUGGAGUUUUUAAAAAGUGUCCCGACAUUCCAAAACCUUCCAGAGGAGAUACUGAGCAAACUUGCCGACGUGCUUGAGGAGACACACUACAGCGAAGGGGAGUACAUAAUUCGGCAGGGUGCUCGAGGAGAUACCUUCUUCAUCAUCAGCAAGGGAAAGGUGAAUGUCACACGGGAAGAUUCAUCUGCUGAAGACCAGGUCUACCUGCGGGCACUGGGCAAGGGAGACUGGUUUGGGGAGAAAGCUCUUCAGGGGGAGGACAUCCGGACUGCCAAUGUGAUCGCGGCGGAAGCCGUCACCUGCUUAGUCAUUGACAGAGAUUCAUUUAAGCACUUGAUCGGAGGACUGGAAGACGUCUCCAACAAGGGCUAUGAGGACGCUGGAGCCAAGGCUAAAUACGAAGCGGAGAACGCCUUCUUUUCCAACCUGAAGCUGGCCGACUUCAACAUCAUCGAUACGCUCGGGGUGGGAGGAUUCGGCCGCGUGGAACUGGUACAGCUGAAGAGCGAUGAGGGGAAGACGUUUGCAAUGAAGAUCCUGAAGAAGAGGCACAUCGUGGACACGCGACAGCAAGAGCACAUCCGCUCAGAGAAGCAGAUCAUGCAGGAAGCCCACUCCGACUUCAUUGUCAGACUGUACCGGACGUUUAAGGACAGCAAGUACCUUUACAUGUUGAUGGAGGCCUGCCUUGGAGGAGAGCUGUGGACCAUUCUUAGGGACAGAGGUUCGUUUGAAGACUCUACAACUCGGUUUUACACAGCGUGUGUAGUCGAAGCCUUCGCCUACCUGCAUUCCAAAGGAAUCAUCUACAGAGACCUCAAGCCAGAGAACCUGAUUCUGGAUCACAGAGGCUAUGCCAAGCUGGUGGAUUUUGGAUUUGCCAAAAAGAUUGGGUUUGGAAAGAAGACCUGGACUUUCUGUGGAACACCAGAGUAUGUAGCUCCUGAGAUCAUCCUGAAUAAAGGACAUGACAUCUCUGCAGACUACUGGUCCCUGGGCAUCCUCAUGUAUGAGCUCCUCACUGGCAGCCCUCCGUUCUCAGGCCCAGAUCCAAUGAAAACUUACAAUAUAAUCCUGAGAGGUAUUGACAUGAUUGAAUUUCCAAAGAAGAUCACCAAAAACGCAGCCAACCUCAUAAAGAAACUGUGCAGGGACAACCCUUCAGAAAGGCUGGGCAACUUAAAAAAUGGCGUCAAAGACAUCCAGAAGCACAAGUGGUUUGAAGGCUUUAACUGGGAAGGAUUACGCAAAGGAACUCUGACACCCCCUAUCAUUCCCAGUGUCACGUCACCGACCGACACGAGCAACUUUGACAGUUUCCCGGAAGACAACGAUGACCCACCUCCGGACGAUAACUCCGGCUGGGACACCGAUUUUUAACCACAAUCCUCCAUGACGUGAACCGGCUUCCGUGUUGCGGCGCUGACGCGUGUCGUCUUCGGGGAGGAAUGAUUUCGUAACAAAACGCCGAGAAGCUGUAAAAAAAGGAGGACGGAGGAAGGGAAGGAGUUGAGCUCUGGGUCACCGAAAUGCCUUUGCCGAUGCCGCUCGAGUGGAUGACGUGGCGCCGAGGCCUGACGGUUCGGUUACGGCGUUCCGUCGCUGCACGUGCAGCCGUGCUGAAGCAGGUCUGGAGCUGAACCUCACAGAGAAUUCAAAAAAAAAAAAAAGAAAACAUUGACGACAGUUUGUGGUUUUUUUUGUUGCCACAGAUUCUCCAGUGCCGUUCUUGUUCUUCUAGGAUCCGUGUUUUCUUUUCUGAGUGGGAUAGCCACGUACGGAAAGACAGAGCCCUGCUCUGCGUUCUGCCUUUCAUCCAGCUGUUUCGAGGACAUCUGGCGUCCUCGGCUAUCCCGACGCUGCUGUCCUGGCAGUCAGAGACCGCCGUCUUUUUAGUCCUCUGGAGUGAACAGGACCACAGAUCCGCAAAACUCCCGUCUGAGUCACUUUCCAAAGUGCUCACCGUACUUCUGAAUGUUACUUCAAAGUCAAAUUAAAUGGUAAAGUAGCACAUACAUCAUGUAUAUGUAUAUAUUGCAUAUAUAUUCCGAGACACACACACACACACACACACACAUAUAUGUACCAAUAUUUACACAGUUUAACUUAGAAGCACAAGUGUUUCGUUCUUCUUGUAAAACCUGAAAACACGUGCAUCAGCUUUUGGCCACACUUUUCCCACGAAGCUCAAGCGUUUGUAUUCCACACUGUCUCCCGUCAGCACUGAUUUGCGAGCUUACGCGUUCCAUUUGCGUUACGUUACGAAGCCGAGCUCUUGAAAGGCUUAACAAUUGAAGCCGUUGUUCUGAAAGAAGGGAAACGGAACUGAUGCUCCCUGGUCUGCUCUGUAACCUCGGGAGAGAGUAACACUUCGGUCAUCUUGUCGGGUAUUUUAAUUUGUAUCGUUUAUAGAGCCGCUCACUCGUUAUGAGAUGUGAAUCCUUGCCUUAAAUGAGACAUAUCCAGUAUACAGGUAAUGCACUCUUUGAACCACCAGGGGGCACAGUGUCAUAGGCUUUCACGACCUGCAGAAGAUUGACCAAUCAAUCACCCCGUAUACAUGUCUUCAAAAUACACCUGAUCGACGACUAAGUAAUUCGACGCAGCCGAACUCAGCCCUCCUGAGUCUAAAAUCACAGUUCUACACUUCUUAUGACAAGCUAGCGCAGAUAUUCACGCUCAAAUGUUGCCACUCUUCACAUUCAAAUGACUGUACCACACGUCGCUGGAUAAACAAAUAGAGAAAUCUUAUUUAUUGCUAGGACCAGAGGUUAAUAUUUGUGUAAAUAAAUAUUUAGUGCUAAUAUUUUGUGAUACAUGUACAACUUUGAAUUGUUAAAGUAUAUUAGCUUUAGUUUUGUUUGACGCAAAGUGUGCUGUCCUUGACUUUAUUGAAACAGACUUGAAUGAUCUCCUGGCGUUGAUCAUCAGACUGAUGACUGUAAGCUCCCUCUCUCUACUUUAACUGUACACGGCAGUCUGGCAUAGUUGCAAGUGCCUUAAAUCAAUGGCAUCCAAAAA